AUGGAAAUCACAGACUUCAUUUUCAGGGAGAGGGAGGAGGUGCUCCUGGCGGGCGACUACAAUGCCUACCGGGCGCACACCACCCGCCGCUUGCAUAAACUGCGCAAGAAGCUGGGACAGACCACCGCCAAAGGCCGCAAGUACACGGCCAAACCGGCUGUGGGCGCUGAAAAUAUCGGAAGCAACGUUGCUUAUGUGCAUCUCUUGCUUCUGGGUUCGGAGCGAGCGUGGGCCCACGCGAUGAAUAUGAAAUCGACACACUCUGCCGACCCGUCUGCCAAGGGAUUAUCCGGCGCUGCCAGACGUCACAUUAUCUCUCGACUGACCAAGGCGACUGGAUAUGCGCAGCACCUCGUUUCGCUGCUCCAUGAACAAUCGACCUCGGGAGCGAGCGACAUUGACAUCCUUGAAGCCCGGGCUUAUUCUGCGACUAUCUCGGGAGCACUGUGGCUGGAAAAGCGGAAGUGGGAGCAGUGUCUCCAUGAUUACUCGAUUGCAAGGGUGAUAUACACUGCACUGGGUCAACGGGUCAAGAAGGACGCCUUUCGAGACCUUUUGUCCGGUACUGUCGACCCCAGUCUGCGCUACGCUGCCUACCAGAUGAAACUGCCACGCUCCAAACCUACAUCCUCGCUUGCCAUUGAAUUUUUCCCGUCGGACUCUGAGAUGCGAUCCGAGGUCGAAAAGAUCGACCCUUCUUGCCUUGCCGAAGAAGCAGCAGGAACACGGAGGACUGCCGAGGGGGAGGUGCAGGAAUUGCCCGGAUCGAUUACCUGGAGGUCGCGGACUGUUGCACUGGAGGAUGCCUCAAUUUCACAGGCACUGGCUGCUGCCUCUGCCGCAGAGACCAGCCUCACGUCCUGGUUGGCUGAGAGCAGUGGACGAUCUGCCACCGCCAAGGACAAGGCUGCUGCGUACGACAAUGUGAUUAUUGCAAGCCAGGACGCAGUCGAUGCGACCAAGACGGCGAUCGAUGAUCUGGCCAGCGAGGGCGUUGAUCCCGGUGACAAGAGAAUGCAAGCGCUCCAGAUCACCCGUACUGCUGUCAACUACACUCUGGUGGGAUGGCGCGUGGGGCGCAACCGGGUACUGUGUGGUGAACAGGACGGUCUCGCUUUUGAGGAGGAAGAGCCCGUGAAGGGCAAAAAGGGCGCCAAACGCCCUGCGGGUAACGGGAAGAAGCUGAACAAGCUCCGGGAGCGCGUGGUUCUGUACGACUCGACACUGCAGAGUUUGGAGUUCAUUCUCGAACUUCCCGGGGUCGCCGCUGAUUCUGCAUUUGUGCAAGAGCUGGGGGCCAAGCGCCACUACUUCCGGGCUCUCAGGUGUCUGGCUCUUGGACGGUCUCACAGCGUUCUGGGCAGAUCCACAGAGGCCCUCGCGCUGUUCUCGCAGGCAUUGGACCUUGUCAACUCCGCCGCCACUUCCCAAUCAACCGACCCCGAGGGGCCUCCGAAGCUCGAUGUCUCUCGGACGCAAGUUGGCACCCUGGAGUCGACUCUCCGGGAACUCGUUGCUCAGUAUCGCGGACUGGUGACUCUCGAGAAACUUACAGCAGAGGAUGCAUUGCAGUCUGCUGGCCAGCGGCCGCUCGUGGAACGGUUGCACCAGUUCGCAGGUGCGCAGACAGACCUCCACAAUCUAGUGCCGUACCCGCCGCAGAUGCUACCCGUACCCGUGAAGCCGCUGUUCUUUGAUGUGGCGUGGAACUACAUUGACUACCCGCGCGCCGAUGGCGCGGAGAAGCGCGAGGAGCCGCAAGUCGAGGAGAAGAAGGGCCGUGGCUGGUUUGGGUUUGGGCGGUAA